CAGGGCGGCGAUGACGCUGCCAGCCUGAGCAACAGCCAUGGGGGUCUGCCCGGCUCCACGUCCAGCUCGGAGCUCAGCCAGCAAGUGGAGGCGUUCAGAGGUCUCACCCCGGGGCUGCCUGGCCAGGUGCUGACCUCCCUGGAGCUGAAGGUUGAGAAACAAGAAAAAGACGAGAUGCACGAUAACCUCUCUGAUGACAAAUCGGAUGACGAGAGCGACGGAAGAGACAUGAGGACACCUAGAACAAGCCUGCGCACCAGCAGCAUCACUGAAGAUGAGGACCUGAACCCAGAGCAGAAGGCCGAGCGCGAGCGCGAGAGGAGGAUGGCCAACAACGCUCGAGAACGCCUGAGGGUUCGAGACAUCAACGAGGCCUUCAAGGAGCUGGGCCGCAUGUGUCAGCUGCACUUGAAGAGUGAGAAGCCCCAGACGAAGCUCCUCAUCCUCCACCAGGCCGUGGCCGUCAUCCUCAGCUUGGAGCAGCAAGUCAGAGGUCAGUGCGGCGAAAUGAAG